UCGUCUUUUCUUCCACUCCUACUACAAAGGACGUAUGUCUGCUCGGACUUCAUCUGAUCAUUUGCAUAAACUGAGAGGGAAAGUCCUGUUUUAAGCUUACAUUUGACUUGCUCUUGUCUGUGUCUCAUAUUUCGGGAGUUCUUCACAUAUCCAAUCAGACAGCACAGUUAGAGAAAACAUAUUUCUCAUUUUUAUUGAAAAACGGGAGACUUUAGAUUGUCCACAAAUAACUAUAUUAUUUCAAAAAGAGCUUUUGCUUUGCUUUAGAAUAUGAAUCAAGUUUAUUUUAUAUCAUGAACACAAGGGUCAAUGCCUUCUCUAUCCAUCUUUUAAAAAUGUCGAACAUCUCAUUUGAUGAGUAAUAGACAUUUUUGUAGUCUUUUCCUUUUUUUUACUGACUUUUCUUUAUCUUAAAAAUUAUCCAAAUCCUUUCUCUUUUUUUGCAAAAGUUCAGCCCAUAUAUCUAAAUUUGUGAAUGAAUAGAUCCGCUCCUCCGCAUUUGAACUUCAAACCGCGAGUCCAUCCCUCUGCUUUACAUCAUUCGUUUUGCGUAACUACAACUCUCUGGAGCAAAAACUUUUUUUUUCUUUUUUCUGGUUGGUGGGUGGGCACACACCCGCGCUCCCUCUCGUAUAAGAGCGGAUCUGAUAUGGAGACCCCAUCACACCGCACGUCGCUUUUACGCAGUAAAGAUGAGCAGAGCGCAAUCCAACCCGAGCAUGAAACUAAUGGUGCUCUUCACGGCAUCUCUUUCCUGGGCUUAUCAGCACGAAGCCAUGCCGCCAGUGUACCUGCACAGAGAUCCUGUGACAUCCGAACUCCUGUUUUGCAGCCAGUGCCCCCCUGGCACAGCCGUGAAGCAACACUGCACCAAAGACGAACCCACAGAGUGUCACCCCUGCCCCGACAGGCAGUUUGCAGAGAACUGGCACUGGGGUGACACUUGCCAAUACUGCACCUCGGUGUGUAAGGAGAGGCAACUGGUGAAGCAGCACUGCAACAGCACCCACGACCAGAUCUGUGAGUGCGCUCCAGGCUUCCACCUAGUGGUGGAGUUCUGCAUUGCACACAGUACCUGCCCACCUGGCUAUGGAGUGACAGCUUCAGGGACUCCAGUGAGCGACACUGUGUGUGAACCUUGUCCCGAUGGUUAUUUCUCCGUUGGAGGUUCCUCUACUGAUCCAUGCCGACCCCACAGGAACUGCUCAGAACUGGGUCUGUGGACGCUCAAAUGGGGGACAUCUACUUCCAACAGCCUCUGUGGCUCACCAGAGAAGAGAACAACUCUGGACUGUUCUCAGAAUCACAUCGUGUGCCAUACUGAUGUGACCCUGUGUGAGGAGGCCUUCUUCCAGUCCGUGGCCUCACUUCAUCUGUCCUCUGUUCCCCUCGAGCGUCUUCUGGAGAGUCUUCCUGGACGCAGGGUGGAUCACAAGAGCCUGGAGAGGCUGAAGAAAGCCUGCUCUCCUCAGCAGCAGGUCCUGCACCUGCUGCGCAUGUGGCGGGAGCAGAAUAAGGACCACGACAAGCUAAACGGCAUCAUGCAAGGUGUGAACCACUGUGAGAGGAAAGUGUCCCGCUGCCAGGGUCUGAAAAACAUCACCUUUGAGGACCUCAUGAAGGUAGCCAACAGCCUGCCGAGGAAAAAAGUUCAGGAGGUGGAUGUGCUGGCGGUUUUCUCCACCUGCCUGCCCAGGCAGCACAUCCUGCAGGUUCUCCACCUCUGGAAAGCAGCAAACAACAACAUCGACCUGGCAAAGGGCCUGUCCCAUAGUCUGAGGGUGCUUCGCAGCCAGGGGGCGCCCCGUUAUCUCCUGAAAGGCCUCAAGAAGAUCAGCAGGAUCAUUGAAACAACGUCCACAUACAAGAUGUACGAGAAGAUGUUCGUUAGCAUGCUCCAGGAUGAGCUGUGUUUCAAACCUCUCAAACCUCUCAAUGAGUGAAGUACCAAACCUGCAGUCUGCAGCCCAAUUAAACACUAAUGCAUGACACACGGCGAGGCAAUGCACGAGACGAAUGGGGAUCACAUGAUGAUGUCAAGCUGUCUUCAAGGAAAUUCUGCAUGUUGACAUGAUUUUGAUGAAAUGUAUCAUGAAAGGGAGCAAGAAUGUAAAUCCUUUUGUAUCUAAGCUUUAAACCAAAACGAGGAUGAUGAUCCUGUGAGGUAACACCAGAUGCUGUCCUGUUCUGUUUCCUGAUUUACUCCUGAAAUGAUCGAAAAAACUGAGACGAGAACAAGAAGAAUCACAUUCCCAAUCUGUUUUCCCGGGAACCUUUGACAAUAACAAAGGAAACACUAUUUAAAAAUGUAAAUACCAUUUUUUUUAAGUUGGCCAACAGUUGUUUUAUUAUUUUUUUAGUGCUUUCUCCCAGUUUGAGAGCAGAGAUUUGAUUUCAUAAUGAAAUACAUUAUUUUUUUUCCAAGCUGUCCAUUGUUCUUUAUUCUGGAACUUUGAUUUGAAAAGCUCUUUUAGUGUGUUAUAGUUUUCUUUCUACUCACAUGAAUGUACAAAUGAGUGUAAUUGUUUUUAUUUAAAAUGUUAUUUUAUUUCCAAAAUAUGUUAAAAAAAAACGUUUUUUUUUUACUUUUUAUCAAAGAUACUGGAUUUCAAAUGCUGCAAGUUUGUUGAGUGAGAUUUUUUAUAUUUGGUUUUUAAAACUUUUUCACUAUAAAUAUAUGGUCUGUUUUGUAUAUAUAUGCCUGCCUGUUUUUUUUUUGUUUGUUUUGUUUUGUUUUCUUUGAGAUGACGUGAGUUAUGAACAUUUAAAAUAAUUUGAAUAAAUUCAUUUUGUAAAAAAAAAAAAGAAGUCUAGUUUUCAGUGGAUCUUUAGUCAUUCUUAAGUGUUUUCACACAUUUGUAUGUAAAAAUAAUUGUAUUAAUUAGAUUAUUAGACAAACUGUAGUGUUAAACAAAGACAAUCAAAGACAAUACAGUUUUAUAAAUAAAAAGUACAU